CGUGAACACGUUGCCAAGACAGCAACGCUGUUUGUUUACCAGACUUGAUGAAAAACAAACCAGCUACGCGCUAUACAACUUGUGUUUUCUACAGCUCCUUAUUUCGAGAGGCGCAGGAGUGGAAAGACAUGUAGAGCUAUAAAAACAAUGAGAUGGCUACCGCACCACCUAUGGAAAGAAUAUUUUCAAGAGGUAUUUUGUCUUUUGAUACCAGCAUAUCUACUGACAGAGCCAGACAAACGCAGAAUGCAUGUUACAAGGCCUAAAUCUGCCAAAGCUCGCAGCAGACCAAACCUGAACUACACCAAAAGUGUGGACACAGUUUCCUAUCAUAAUGUCCCAGUCACGCCAAGACCACCAUCUUUUUCUUCAAGUGAACUGGGAGACAGUCCUUUUAGACCACAAUCUUCCCCAAGACCACCAAGCAUCAAGACCCAACAUAAAAACACAACACUUGUUCAGCAGAUUCCAGCAAGACUAUCCUCUUCCCUAAACAGAUACCGCGUUCUCCCCUCUAUUGAGAAAAGGGGUUCUGGAGAUACAGCCAUUGAACGCCUGGAAAAGCAGACUCAUGAACUAAGCAUGUCUUCUGCUCUGCUGCUAAAAAAGACAAGACCUUUUCACAAAGACCAGCCAACUUCAGGACGAGACACAAAUAAAGAAAAGAAACCGGGCAGCAAGUGUUACUCCCAGACAGAAAAGAGGGGCCCUGGACUGCCACAUAUCUCUAGCCUUCAGACUCCUUCAGACAAACAGCCAAGCCUUCUUCUGGCAGUGAGAGCUCCCUCCGGUGAAAGAUUUGAAAAAGCUUUCUGCCUGUCGGACACUCUUCAGACAGUGCUGGCUGCUGCCGAGGCCAGGUACAACACUACCUACACAAACGGGAUCGUAGAGACUAUGGAGGUGCCCCGAAGAAGCUUCCCUGAUUCGUCCCAUACUCUGGAGCAGUGUGGGAUUCAAAACAAGUCUGUGCUUUGUAUCCUGGAUGAGUCUGACUAUCAGCUGGAUUCUCUGUAGCGUCUGGAUUCGAUCAUCAACACAAAGAGGCAGGCAUGGCUGUACACAAUUGUGUAACAUAAGCAAACUUACCUUAGAACAAUUCCUACAAUACCAUUUAAUUAAUGGAAUAUCAAUAUUAAAUGGUUUCACAGAACUUGAUUAGCACAGACUGCCUAAUAUUACCUUAGGUAAAAUAGUCCAAGAUUAGUGCUGGACAGGGGCUGAUAAAGCAGAUGUGUAUUGUAACAUGUACAGCUGGCUUCAUAAUCUGCUCUAUCCAGUGUUACUGUAGGUAAGGUAGUCCCCGACCAGUGCUAAUCAGGGUGUGUGAAAGCAGCUAGUAAAACAGAUCUUUCCUGUGCAACAUGUAAUGCAGGUGAAGCCCUGUUACCCUUAACACAGCAAGGAGCUGGCUGCUGUCACCUGAUAGGGAAACACAGCAGCCAUGCACUUGAAUUGUGUUAAUACCAAUGAGCAACAAAAUGCUUUUCAAAAACAUUGGUUUUUUUAUGAACAGGUUUCGUUUACAAUGUCAAUAUAUUGUGUCAAACACAGGCCGAAGAACAAUGAUUCAUGUUUUAUUCUGUUUUUACUAGACAAAAACUUGCUAAUAAGAAAUGAAAAGCAUAUCUUUGUUGUUAUAGAAUUAGGCCUACAUCAUAGUUAGGCUUCCCUGAUAAAAUCUAUUUAGCUGUAAUGUAGUGUUGGUUAUUGGGACUUGGUGCAUGUGUCUAAAAAUACAUAAAUCCAUAAUUUAAUCACAUGUCAAAUAAACAAUUAAAAUCUGAUUUAAUCCAAAGUAACAGUUUAAAAUACACUAUUUAAAAGCAGAACAAUACUACUGUCAAACACACGUGGUUAGAAAACCCAUUUAUCUACUGUAUUAUCAGGAUAUUAUAGUUUAUAUUUGUGCAGAAGGUUUUGCUAAAAUCAAAAGAAAAUGAGAUCUGGGUAGCUUUACAAAAUUGAAUUUAAAAAAUGAAGUAGGAAUAUGAUCAGUAGUAAAAGAUAAUUAUGUUCUAUACCAUCUUUAUUAUUAGCAAAAAAACAAAAGCUUAAUCCAGAAUUCUAUGUGUCAUUUAUCCAUUUAAAAUCAGCUAAAUUAGAUGGCACUCAAUAACAAAGUGAAAUGCAGCCUGAAGUUUCAUUAGACAAUUCACUAAUCGGUGUUCAGACUAAAUGGUGUUGUGUUUGUUGUCUUAAUUAAACAUGGUGAACAUUA